AUGGCCUCGUUCUUCGCCGAAAACUUUUGCGAAUCAAAAAUUGUAAAUCCAGGUAGGAAAAUGACAUCAUCUGUGUUCUAAUAAAGAACUACGUAUUAUAAUUUCAGAAAAUUGCUAAAAAGAAUUGAAAAUAUUUGUUUCAUGAUCGUUUAGAUCUUCGAGAUACAAUUAUCCAAGGACUGGUGACGUUCUCCUGUUAUGCUGACUGUCUCAAAGCAUUAGAAAUACUGCCUUUGACGAGGUAUGGAAAAUUAACACGUUCUGACCUAACAAUAUAACAUGUUAAAAGUGCGAUAGAAGAACGGUUCUACUUCUCUGUGUCUGAUAUUGUUAAAAUAAUUUAUGAAGAAAAUGAAACAUAUACAAAAUUCUUCAAAAUUUGCAUAAACUUUUUCCUCGAUUUUCUCAGUUACUUUGUAAAAUAAUUUUUUUUUGAAUAAUUUCUUAAAACACAACUGUUGAAAUCCUUAUAUUUCACAAGCUAUAUGCAGCAUCCUAACCUCUCCUAGCCUUUAGCUCGAAGUACAUCUGCUUUAGUAUUGUAUAUCUGAUAUGACACGGCCACCCAUAAUAUUUUACAUCAAUAUAUUUUAUUUUGCAGUCAAGAGCGUGUGGUGAGCACCUUGAUGGGAGCUUAUGAAAAGAGAACUUGGGUACAAACUACGUGGAUUUUGAUCAGAUUUUGGAAGGUAAUCGUAUUGGCUUGAAUCUUAUGUGAAGUUCUUUCCAAAGGCAGCUUUUUUGGCUCGGUACUGUUUUCUUCGUUCCACUUUAGUGGUUUUUCUUUCGUCCAUCUUCCCUAUACAUUUCUAAACUAAAACUAGAAAUUUUCUAUCUUCCCCUUUUCAGGGUUGUGGCUUCGCGUUUAAUUACUCCCUUCAACCUUGGGGUCAAAUGAGUGGGAUAUCAGAUCAUGGCUUACAACGUGUGAAUCUUCAACCACCCUGUCCUUCCCCUGUGUACCAACAUGUACUGGCCAAGCUAUGUAGUGAAGACAAGGUUCUCUCUAGUGGUUUUCUCAAUGGAGUGUUGAAUCAGCUGAAUUGGGCGUUCUCUGAAUUCAUUGGAAUGUUACAACAGGUACGAUUGUCGCGUGGUCGGAGCACGAUAACUGGUCUCUGAGUUGGUUAGAGCGCUGCACCGGAAUCGUAGAGCCGCAGGUUUGAUUCCUGUGUGUUUGGCUAGUGGUGGAUUUCAGGAAGAAUUAGCCUCGCUACAAGCUGGUGUACAAUGAGCCGGUUUAUCCAACAUUGGGAUGCAUCUCAAGUCUGGGAGUGUAAACACUGCCAGGGUAAACACCACCUUUUUGUCGCUGUCGUUGUCUUUAUAAUGGUAAAUUUUCAGUUACAACUUUGAAAAGUCACUUUUCACAUUGUUUGGAGUGUCUAGUCUCUCUGAUAUGGGAAGACCGCACCCCAAAAAUGGCGGAUAUUGACCCUUGCGAGAAAGACUUAUAGUGCUUGCUGAAGCCUAUCUAGAGUAAUUCAUGUUUUAUGAUGAAUAAUGUAUUUUGAUGUCCCGUUUUAGAUCCAGUCAUUGCCCAAUAUAGCAGUCGAGAAUCGUCAGUUAAAAACAUGUAUUGUGUGUUUUGAGCUCACAGUUGGUUUACUUAGGGUAAGAAGUUAAAGGCACAGUUCAGCCUUUUGAAUGAUGGUUUUUAAGGCGCAUUUCAGCCCUUUUAAUGGAAAAAAAAACUAACUAAGAAAAUCAAUUAUAAGCAUAAUUCAAGAGCAGCAAACUUAAUUGAUUUUCCUGGUUAGUUUUGUCAAUUAAAAGGGUUGAAAUGCGCCUUAAAAACCAUCAUUCAAAAGGCUAAACUGUGCCUUUAAGAACUAAUAUAAUAUAGCGCACAGAUCAUUUCAACUCUUCCUGUUCUCAACCAAGGUGGUUUGGUAAAGGAAAACUAGAACCUGUGUUAUACAACUUUGUAUUCAUCGAUCUCGUAUCCAGGGCCUUAUCUCCGCUCCCGGGCGUGUGGGUAAGACUCGUUGUUUAUCCAUAAGAUGAUAGGAGAGGUGAAUUAAGUUUUAUGUCUUAUUUUCAGGUACUUGAGAUGGUGUGUACUGUGGCUCCUCAGUUGUUUACAGAUUGGGAAAACUUUCCUUCUGCAGAAAUGAAUAUAUCUCGGCUGUUUCAGCUUGUCACGCAAGCAUUUAAUCGUCUCACAGCAAGUGCGAAUAUAUUUGAAAAUGUCACACGCCUACAUCUUCCAGGUAACUUACAAACAUCGCGUGUUUCGUCCAGGUAUUCCUGUAGUCGACCUGUGCCCUCAUUUAGUAACACUGGUUUGGAUCUCACUUGACCUCUAGGGAGAGCAGAUUAGAACUGUUAGCCCAGUAGAAAUAAGGUUAGUUUACGUUACAAUUUAAAACUAGAGUGAUUGUGUUUGUUCAUUGUAUUUAGGAUUUGAUUGUGUGGAUCGUUUACCAUUAUUAAGUGCGUUAGCUGGUAUCAUGCUUGCACUUCUCAAACGCUCAAAACCGGCCAGGUACGCAAACACUUAUCCUGUUGUUAUAAUUGUGUUAUAUUACCGUUUUUGUGUACAUUAAAGUGCUACUAUUUUCUAGCAUUGAUUGCGCAUGCUCAGUACUAUUUGCCGAACCUGGCUUCCAGUUUGAAUCGUUCCAAUUGCUGUUUGACCGCGAGAGCAAUGGGGGCAAACCUGUCUCUGGGUUUUCUUUCAGUCAUUGUAAGUAAAUCUUUAUUUGUAUUCCAUAGUAAGGACAUUAGACCUAAUGCAAGAUUACGUCAUAGAAUGAAAAGAAUUAUUGUCGAUUUCAAGUCAGUUUUCAACGCGCGGGUCCCAAGUUCAUUGCAAGCUUGCCAAUACGUUUCCAAGUUCGGAAAUUGCGCGCGAACAUCCCAACAAAGUUCGCAAGUACAUUUCAAUGUUUGAACUAUUGUAAACAAAUGUCCAUAGUUCAAGUUGAAAUUAACAAUUCAAUGGAAAGUUCUUGGUCCAGUGGGCUAUCAAGAAGGCUUGUAUUUCAUUGAAUUGGUUAUUAUUAUUGAGUAUGAACAUUUGUUUACAAACGAAGUUCAAACAUUGAAAUGUACUUGCGAACUUUGUUGCGAAGUUUACGCCCAAUUUCCGAACUUGGAAACGUAAUUGGCAAGUUUGCAACGAACUUGGGAACCGCGUUGAAAAGUGACUUGAAAUCGACAAUAACAUUAUUAUUUCACUCUGAUAACUGCAGGUUAACCACCAUCUGCUGCACGAUCGUGUUUAGUAAAACCCACGUAUAUCCCUUGCGAGCCACUGAUAAUGGCAAUAUGAUAAAUCUUUUAAUAUUUUCGUAGAUAAAGUCGUGAGUGAAAAAGAACUGCAAGAAUUAGAAGAAUUGAGUAAGAUUUUAUCAACCUAUAAAGAUCAAGUUCAUUUAAAGAGACAAGUAAGUGUUUUUUUUGUGUUUUUUUCUGAAAUCAAGGUCUUUAUACUGUGUACAUCAAAGUUUUGUUGGAAUAUGAUUCAUGGGCGGAUUUACUGGGUGGAGGGGUUAGGGGGGGGGGGUUAAAACCCUCCUCUAGAAUACCUCUAACCCCUCUUAUAAAGUGUUCAACCCCACCAAAAUUUCGCUUCACCCCUCCUAUUUUGUGUGAAAGUGUUUAACCCUAAAGCCUACCCCCUGCCGAAGCUCGCUGCACCCAACUUUAAAAAAAUGAAAAUCCGCCCUUGAAUUAUGAUUGUAACAAGAGUUUUUUUGCAGGCGUCUUUCGACACAGAAGAAUUGUGCACAAUCUGCUAUGCUAUGCCACAGUCUGCGGUGUUUGUCCCCUGUGGUCAUAAAUCAUGCAGGUAUAUAUAGUUCUCUAGACUGCACGGCUCAAAAGUACAUUGACGAUGAUUUCGCAAGCUUUAAUAUCUAUGUAAUAAAUAAUAAUUUAUUACUGCAAAGCUUUCGAUCCGUAAGCCUGGAUCUUCAUCAGUGCUAAUAAUAUGUUAUAAUGAUAAUAAGUAUACACCCUUUUCAUAAAUGGCUGCCGAUUAAAAAUUCUUUUAUGUGCAUAUAAAUUGGCCCAACUAGCCUCGUACUCAUGUUAAGAUUUCAAAGGAAUUUCUACCCAGAAGCGAGGUAUGCACAUAAAAGAAUUUGUAAUCGGCAGCCAUUUAUGGAAAGGGUGUAUAGGUUAUUAGCACUGAUGAAGAUCCGGGCUUACGGAUCGAAAGCUUUACAGUAAUAAAUUUACGUGGUGUUUCCACAAACAAAACUAUUAUAUGUUUUAUCGCCAGCAAACAUACAAAGAAUUUAUAUCUAUGGUUUGUAGCUACACAUGACAACCGAGUUAGCCUUUUUUCAAGCGAAGUCCUUCCAGUUAGAUGUUCAAUCUAUUCUUUUUCGUUCUUUUUAGGGCUUGCAUUUCACGACAUCUCAUGAACAGUAAAAUCUGCUUCUUCUGCAAAGAAACCGUGGAAAAAUUUGAAGAUUGCAGCGCUAGCCAGAAAGACGCAACAAAAGACACCAGUUCAUGUGUUAGCCUUUGA